UUUCCGAGCCGAGAGCUAGCAGAGAGUCGUUCCUCCCCGUUCCCUCCGGCAUCACCCAUAAAAGGCAGCCCUCGGCAGCGGGUCCCUUUCGAAAACAGAAACAUGAGCGUCCGACUCAACAUCCCGAGGAUUUAAGGCCAAACUCCGGUGUGGGGGAGUUUCACUUCAUCAUCCGCCAAUUCCUCCCGUGCGCGCGUGUGCGUCUUGCCUGUUCUCUCGUUGUCACCCACCCUUGAUUCUUCUCCAUUCUCAUCGUCCUGGUUGCGUGUUCUCUGCACCGUGGUUGCUGCUGCUGUCCACUUCGAACACCUUUGAAUCUCCGCGAUGUCUUCGAUCAAGACUUCGAAAUACGUGUACCGGUCCACAGCCGGGGGAGCUGGGGAUAUCAGCAUGGAAUACGGGACCGACAUCGGGGCCCUCACCAGGCUCGAGGACAAAGUUCGUUUGCUGCAAGAAGAUCUCGAAUCUGAAAGGGAGCUCAGACAAAGAAUUGAACGAGAGAGAUCCGAUUUGACUGUCCACCUAAUGCAGAUCACAGAGAGGUUAGAAGAGGCUGAAGGCAGCAGCGAAAGCCAGCUUGAAAUGAACAAGAAACGUGACAUGGAAUUGUCCAAACUGAGGAAGCUAUUGGAAGAUGUCCAUCUUGAAAGUGAAGAAACAGCUCAUCAUUUACGUAAAAAACAUCAGGAAGCCCUCGUCGAUAUCCAAGACCAAUUAGAACAAUCAAAUAAAGCAAAAGUCAAAAUUGAAAGAGAAAAACAGAAAUUUCAAGCUGAAGUUUAUGAUUUACUCUCUCAAGUAGAAAUUGCGAACAAAGAUAAGAUUGCCGCUCAAAAAACAGUUGAGAAGCUCGAAAUCCAAAUCCACGACUUGAACAUUCACAUCGAAGAGUUGAACCGCCAGGUGACAGAAGUGAGCUCUCAAAGGAGUCGCCUGAGUUCCGAGAAUGUGGAACUCAUGAAGGAGGUCCAGGAGUACAAGCUGCAACUCGACAACGCCAACCACCUGAAGGGACAACUAGCUACUCAAGUUGAGGAGAUCCGAAGGAGGCUUGAGGAUGAGGAGAGACGUCGCUCCGCUUUAGAACAGCACUCUCACACUCUGGAAUUGGAGGUGGAGAGCUUGAAAACUCAAUUAGAUGAAGAAUCUGAAGCCAGGAUGGACCUCGAGAGACAGCUAUCGAAAGCCAACGGGGAGGCCGCCACUUGGAAAUCGAAGUACGAAGCCGAAUGCCAAUCACACGCCGACGAAGUGGACGAACUCAGACGCCGCCUGGCUCAGAAGACAGCCGAAUACGAAGAACAGCUCCAAGCUCUGCUGAACAAAUGCAGUGCCCUGGAGAAGCACAAGUCGAGACUUCAAAGUGAAGUCGAAGUGCUCAUCAUGGAUCUCGAAAAGGCAACAACUCAUGCUCAGAACUUGGAGAAACGCUGCUCUCAACUGGAGAAGUUGAACCACGAUCUGAAGACGAAGGUGGAUGAGCUGAUAGCCCUCCUAGAGGCAGCCCAGCGAGACUUCAGGGCUAAAGUGGCAGAACUGCAGAAACUGCAACACGAUUACGAUAAACUGAAAGAUACAAAGGAUGCCCUCGCAAGAGAAAAUAAGAAGCUGAAUGAUGAUUUGAAUGACUGCAAAUCACAGUUGAGCGAUGCCGUCCGACGCAUUCACGAAAUGGACUUAGAGAUCAAACGUCUAGAGACAGAGCGAGAAGAAUUAACGGCUGCUUACAGAGAAGCUGAAUCCUUAAGAAAACAGGAGGAGGCUAAGGCUCAGCGCCUUACUCAAGAAUUGGCACAAAUGAGGCACGAUUAUGAAAAGAGACUUUCUCAGAAGGAGGAAGAACUUGAGGCUCUCAGGAAACAAUACCAAAUCGAGGUCGAUCAGUUGAACCAGAGGCUUGCUGAAGCUGAGGCUAAACUGAAGACAGAAGUUGCUCGCAUUAAGAAGAAAAUGCAGGUACAAAUCACCGAGCUUGAAAUGUCUUUGGAUGUGGCCAACAAGCAGAACCUGGACCUCCAGAAGACUAUCAAGAAACAAGCUCUUCAGUUACAGGAGCUGCAAUCUCAUUACGACGAAGUGACUCGUCAACUUCAACAAGCCAUUGAUCAACUGGGAGUAGCACAGAGACGUUGUCAGACUCUUCAAAUGGAACUGGACGAAAUGAGAUCCGCCAUGGAACAAGCUCUACGUGCCAAGCGCCAUGCAGAGCAGCAAUACGAGGAAGCCCACAGCAAGGUUAACGAGCUCACAACCAUCAAUGUCAACCUUUCUUCUGCCAAGAGCAAGCUGGAGAACGACCUGUCUACACUUUCAUCUGAUUUCGAAGAAGUUAGCAAAGAGCUUCGGGUGGUGGAUGAGAGGUUCCAGAGAACCGUGAUUGAGCUGAAGACGACCAAAGAUCAGUUGACUGAGGAACAAGAGCGAUGCGUCAAGAUCGAGUCCAUCAAGAAGUCUCUCGAAAUGGAGGUGCACAGCCUGCAGGUUAGGAUCGAGGAGGUGGAGGCCAACGCUCUGGCCGGCGGCAGAAGGGUCAUCAGCAAGUUGGAAGCCAGAAUCAAGGACAUCGAGAUCGAGUUUGAAGAGGAAAAGAGACGUCACUCUGAGACGCAGAAGAGCCUGAGGAAGAAGGAACAGCGCCUACGCGAACUGAUCCUUCAGACGGAGGAUGACCACAAGACCAUCUCCAUGCUCAACGAUGCCACCGAAAAACUCAGUGAAAAGGUCAAGAUGUACAAGAGGCAACUGGAUGAACAAGAGGGCAUUUCUCAACAAAGCCUGAGCAGAGUUCGAAGAUUCCAACGUGAAUUAGAAGCUGCUGAAGAUAGAGCAGAAGCAGCAGAAGGCAACCUGUCAUUCAUCCGUGCCAAGCAUCGUUCCUGGGUCACCACAAACCAAGUUCCAGGAGGUGUGCGACAGGUGUUUGUAACUGAAGAAACCUCCACCAACUACUAAAAAUUUCCGCCUUCGUUUAGAAUUGAUUCAAAAAAAAAAAAAAAAAAAAAAAAAAAAAAAAAAAAGCUUGCCAUUGGUCAUUUUUCCGACGCAAACAGCAUUUCGUAGAAAAAGACUAUUGGCGGAAACGAGUGUUAAAGAAUAAUGAUUGGUCCUGAAAAAUACCAUCGUAAGAGACUUUAGAGCAUGACUUAUUCAAAAUAAACGAAAAUAUCUGAAUUUGAUGUAGAAUGCAUCAUAUGGAGGAAAUAAAAUAUAAUAAGGAAUUUGGGUGAACGAUUUUUUAAUUUCUUUUUUAAAAAGCUAAUAUGUUAUUUGUAAGUAUCUUAAUGUGUCCUUUUUUUUUGCUAAAAUAGACAAAAUAAAAUCUUAUACUUUUAAAGAGAUUAAUCAAUGUACACUUAAUAUUACAUGUGAUGUUUAGAUAUAAAAAUGAUAUUUAAUUUUUAUUAAAGUGUUUCCAAGACAUGAA